CCCUAAACCCUCGCUGCGCAACGAGCCUGCGGCGGCGGCCGCUUCUCCGUACCGCGGCAGACGACGGCCUCCACUCCCUACCGCGGCAGACGACGGCCUCCGGCCUUCGUCCACUCCGUUCCAAGAUCCGUCCUUACUUCGACUCCUCGCCGCUUCGCUGGUCGGCAUCGACUCCUCGCGGCAGGCAAGCGGUGUCCCGAUUGCCGUCUCCCCUUUCCCCGGCCAGGGCUCGCCGUCGCCCUCCCUCACCCAGGCUUGCGUUCCCCUCCGCCCGCUCCUCCCGGUAACAGGGGCGGGGCCAGCGGUAGCCAUCAGAGGCGGGAAAGCCCCCACGCAGGGACCCGGCGGCGGCGCCGAAGCCCGCAAGCAGAGGAGGAACCGGCCGAGCAGUGGGAUCCAAAAUGAGCGACGACGUGAUAUGGCACUGCAUCCGCCACAAUCACUGCAGCUUCAUGGCCAAGAUUACAACAGGGAUAUUCUGCCGGAAUCCCUACAACGCGACGGGCAUCUGCAACCGGAGCUCCUGCCCGCUCGCCAACAGUCGCUAUGCCACCAUCCGGGAUCAUGAUGGUGUUUUCUAUCUGUACAUGAAAACUGCUGAAAGAGCUCAUCUGCCAAAAAAAUUAUGGGAGAGAGUCAAACUGCCAAGGAAUUAUGAGAAAGCAAUGGAUGUCAUUAACAAGGAUCUUGAAUUUUGGCCUAAGUUACUUGUGCACAAGAUCAAACAGCGGCUGACAAAAAUGACUCAAUAUCGUAUAAGAAUGAGGAAACUUCAACUGAAAGUGAGGGAGAAGGUCAUGACAAUGCCCAGGAAGCAAACACAGCGCGAUCUCAGGAGACUGGAGAAGGCUGAAAAGGCUGCCCAACUAGAAAAGAAUAUUGAAAGUGAAUUGAAGGAACGCCUGAAGAAAGGUGUUUAUGGUGACAUCUAUAACAUUCCCUUCAAAGAGUUUGAUGAGGUUCUUGAAAUGGAAAGAGAUCAAGUGGUUCUUGAAGAAGAGGAUGAAGAAGAAGGUGAGGUAGAAUAUGUAGAAGGUGAUGACAUGGAAGAGAUGGGAGACAUGGAAGAUAUGGAAGACUUUGGAGGCCUCAGUGAUGGGGGCACAGAUGAAGAUGAUCGUUUGGAUGACCAAGUAACAAAGAAACCUAAGGGAUCAGGUUCUAGUUUGAAGCAAAAUGCUGGGAAAAGGUCUAGGAAGGUUAUGACUGAGGUGGAACAAGACGAAGAGACAAAUACCAGGCAAAGGACGCGGAUGUGAACUCUGCGAGCAUAACUUCAACUUAUGUGCUGUUAGUUGCCAGUGGCCACUUAUGUUGUAUCUUAGAUCAUUUUAUUUGCCUAGUCAUUGUAAUGCAUAAAAUUCACCUGGGUUCCUGCUGAGAACUUGGCUAUCAAUGCUUGUCAACCUCUGUGAUGAGGCAAAGGGGCAAACUAACAAAUUGGUAUGUACGGUCUACCGUCUACACAACUGAUGCUGCAAAUCAGAAUCCUGGUGUCUUUGUAUGGAAUCACUGGAUGGAUCGUCCUUUUACCUUUUUAUAUCCGACCUAUCUUAUAUAAGUUUCAA